AUGGCCGACAACAUGAGCGACGCCGACACUGACUCCAUCUCUCCUUCAGGCUCGCCAGCAGACCCCCGGUCAGGCGCAUACCAGCCCCCUCCUGAGCGUACCGCUCCCACCUCUCCAGAGCGACAACCUCCUCCACCGCCCUCCCAAUCACAGAGAACAGAGAUCAUGGCGGAAUCAGCGAGCCCCAUUGGCAUUGCCAACCUCCCCAAUCAGCGCCACAAGAUCGUGGCCAAGCGCGGUGCCGCCUUCACCAUCAUGGUAGCGGGCGAGUCCGGCUUGGGCAAGACGACCUUCAUCAACACCCUCUUCAGCACCACCAUCAAGAACUACGCCGACCACCGCCGCCGCCACGCCAAGCAGAUUGACAAGACCGUGGAAAUCGAGAUCACCAAGGCCGAGCUGGAGGAGAAGUUCUUCAAGGUCAGGCUCACGGUCAUCGACACACCCGGUUUCGGCGACUACGUCAACAAUCGCGACAGCUGGCAGCCCAUUAUCGAGUUUCUGGAUGACCAGCAUGAGAGCUACAUGUUGCAGGAGCAGCAGCCACGCCGGACGGAGAAGAUUGACCUGAGGGUACACUCUUGCCUCUACUUCAUCCGCCCCACUGGUCACACUCUGAAGCCGCUCGACAUUGAGGUGAUGAAGCGUCUGUGUACGCGUGUCAACCUCAUUCCCGUCGUGGCCAAGGCCGACACUCUCAGCCCGGCGGAUCUGGCCAAGUUCAAGUCGCGCAUCCGCGCCGCCAUUGAAGCUCAGGGCAUUAAAAUCUACACCCCACCGCUCGAAGAAGACGACGAGCCCGGUCUCCAGCACGCCCGAAGCCUGAUCUCUGCCAUGCCCUUCUCGGUCAUCGGCAGCGAGCGCGACGUCAGCACUCCCGACGGCCGCACCGUCAAGGGCCGUCAAUACGCCUGGGGUGUCGCAGAAGUGGAAAACGAAGACCACUGCGACUUCAAAAAGCUCCGCGCCAUCCUCAUCCGCACGCACAUGCUCGACCUCAUCCACACGACGGAAGAGAACCACUACGAAGCCUACCGCGCCCAGCAGAUGGAGACGCGCAAGUUCGGCGAGGUGAAGCCGCGGAAGCUGGACAACCCCAAGUUCAAGGAGGAGGAGGAGCAGUUGCGGAAGAGGUUCACGGAGCAGGUCAAGGUCGAGGAGCAACGGUUUAGGCAAUGGGAGCAGAAGUUGAUCGCGGAGAGGGACCGGCUGAACAAGGAUUUGGAGCAGAGUCAUGCUGUGAUUAAGCAGCUGGAGACGGAGGUGGAGGGGUUGCAGGGGAGCAUGUCGAGGACUGGGAGGCGUUAA